AUGUCCUGGAACAACAACGGCCACCCGUUCUACUCUUAUCCCGGGAAUUGGGACAACCACCAGUUCUUCAACGCCAUGCCCGGCUUUGGCAUCGACCACGCCGAUCAGCCCAACUCCAAUGACCAGGGACCUCACCCGUGGGCCCAGAAUAUUCAGAGCAUGCUGAACGCCUUCCCCUUCGGACCCGGACCCGGCGGUCCUCGUCGCGGCUUCGGCCAUGGCGGGCACGGCGGUCGAGGCGGCUGGCGCGGACGCCGCGGACGCCACGAUCACCACCGUGGUGGGCCACCGCCUCCACCUCCGCCCCACGAUGGCCCGCCCGCAGACGACCCCGUCGCCGACCCCGACACCUCCGUCCCAGAACCCGACCACCACCCGCGCGGUCCGCCUGUCCCGGCCCACCACGGCCGCCGCAGCCACCACCACAGCCCGCCCCCUCCUCCUCCUCCUGCCGGCGACCACGGCCCCAUGCCGCACCACCAGCACACCCGCGGCCCCCCUCCCCCCUACGCCAACCACCCCUUCGCCCAGUUCCUCUCCUCCAUCCUGCCCGACGUGACCGCCAACGCCGACACGGCAGCGCGCCAGCAGGCAGGCGGAGAAGAGGACGAAGCCCCCUUCGCCCCGCCCCUCGACCUCUUCUCCACCGCGCAGGCCUACACCCUCCACGUCGCCCUACCCGGCGCCAAGAAGCAGGACAUUGGCGUCGACUGGGACGCCGACCGCUCGACCCUCCGCAUCGCCGGCGUCCUCCACCGGCCGGCCGAUUCGCAGCUCCUCGAGGCUCUGCUGCCCUCGCACGCCGAGCGCCGGGUCGGCUUUUUCGAGAGGGUCGUCUCGCUGCCGCCUGCGGGUCACGAGCAGCCGAGGCGCGAGCACAGGGUCUAUGUCGACGGCGAGGCCGAGGCCGAGGAGAGCGAGACUGAAGAGGGACGGGAGGAGAUUGAUGGUGCUGGGAUCACGGCCAAGAUGGAGGAUGGCAUUUUGAUUGUCACUGUGCCCAAGGUCGAGAGAGGAUGGACUGAGGUCCGGAAGGUAGACAUUGAGUGA